GCAUCAGUACUGAAUUUUACUCUACCUGUUAUUUCUCAAUCUAUCACAAUCAAUCUACUGCAUAUAUCAGAUAAGAUGUAGGUGUGUAAGAUGACAAACCCCAGAGCUUCUCUCCCGUCUCUUGAAAAACCAGCUUUACUGGUUUUCCCGGAGAAGAGUUUUCAGAGCUUUUUCUCAAGAUCCCAGAUCACAGGUGGAAUGAGAAGCCUUCAAACGUUCUCAUUUACCACGGUAAGUUAUUAAAUACAGACCUAUCUAUAUCUUAAGUUUCAAUUGAUUCUAGACUUUCACAAUAUCACAAUAGUUUAUUUUAAUAAUUAUUGAUUUAUUACACUAUAACACUUAAAAAACUUUUAAUCUAGGGGUGCCUAACAUUGAUCCUGGAGAAUGUUGAUUCAACCUUGAAAAUUCACCUGACUAUAGAGAUGAAGUAAAACUCAGAUAAAAAAAAUGAGAUAACUUUCUGUAUCUUCAGCAGUUUUUCUACUUGUCCUGCCGGAGUGGAUCAGUGAAGGGUGAUGGCGUCUGUUUCAGAGCAGCUUCUGGCCGCUCUGGAUGAUCUAGAGGUAGAUGAACUGAAGAGGUUUAAAUGGCACUUUAAGAAUUAUAAGGGCUUUUCAGUUGCUCAUCUGGAGAAGGCAGACGCUCAUGACACAGUGGAUCUGAUGAUGAAGCGUUUUGGACCAGAAGAAGCUGUGAAGAUCACGGUGGAAAUCCUGAGGAAGAUGAACCAGAACCAUGUGGCCGAAGAGUUAGAGGACAAACACAAGAAAGCUCAGGAUGAGAGCAGUAUUAAGGAUCCUGCCCCUGCUGGAGCCGAAUCAGAACCGAUUGGGGACAAGAAAACCAUAGAAGAUUGGGAAGACAUGAGGCUCGAUUUGAAGAUAACUCAGAGGAUGUUCCGGCAGAAAAUCCAGCAGAGACAGAAAGAUCUUCAGCAGCUGGAAGAGGCUGUGAAAUCUUAUGAGUACUCUGCAAGAGCAGCAGUGGAGGAAAGUGAGAAGAUGUUUAAAGAGCUCAUCCGCACCAUUGAGAAAAGCUGCUAUGAAGUGUCACAGCGAUUCAGAGAUCAGGAAAAGACUGCAGUGAGUCGAGCUAGAGAAGGACUGGAGCAACUGGAGCAGGAGAUCAGUGAUCUGAGGAGGAGAGAUGCUGAGCUGGAGCAGCUUUCACACACACAUGAUCACAUCCAGUUCCUGAAGAGUUUCCAGUCUCUCUCAGCACCUCCUGAAUCUACAGAUGUACCCAAAAUUCCCUUUGGUUCCUUCUUCUCUUUUGAUGGCCUGAAAGAAACUAUCCGUCAGCUGACAGACAAACUGAAUGAUGUCUGCAAAGAGGAGAUCUUGAACAUCUCAGACAGAGUCACAUACAACAGCAUUGCUUCUAAGACCAGGAAUGACCUCCUUCAAUAUCACCAUCAGUUCACUCUGGAUCCAAACACAGCGCAUCUUUGCAUCCAACUCUCUGAGAGAAACAGAGUGAUGGCUUACAAUGGCAAUAUCGUGCCAUUACCAGAUCAUCCAGAGAGAUUUGGUGUGAAUAAUCAAGUGUUGUGUAGAGAGAGUGUGUCUGAACGCUGUUACUGGGAGCUGGAGUGGAGUGGAAAUACUGUGUAUAUAGCAGUGUCAUAUAAGAACAUCAGCAGGAAGGGAGGUGAUGAGUGUUGGUUUGGACAUAAUAAUAAGUCCUGGACUUUGUACUGCACGCCCACUCAAAAUUUCUUUAUGCACAAUAGCAAAUCUAUGCUUCUCCCUGUUGAGCCCAUUAGCAGCCCUAGAAUAGGAGUGUUUGUGGAUCACAGUGCAGGAACUCUGUCCUUCUACAGCGUCUCCAAAAACACAAUGAGUCUCAUCCACACAGAACAGACCACAUUCACUCAGCCGCUCUAUCCUGGGUUUAGUGUUGAUUAUGGAUCAUCAGUGAAACUGUGUUGAUAAAUUAGAAUAGAUUAAUCAGAGAUUCUACCCCUAAUGAUUUGAGCUCAGUGUUGGGGAGUAACUAGUUACAAAAUAAAUGUACUCUGUAAUCUGUUGCAGUUACUGAGAGAAAAAGCUUCAGAAGUUUAAAACACAGAAUAGGACACAUGCAUAUUUGAUAAAUAUUUUCUUUUCUUUUGGGGUUUGUGCAUUGGCUUUAUUUGUACAUGAACUUUUUUUUCUCAAGGAACUGUUAGAUGCCAGAGUUUCCUGUCAUCACUAUGCAAAGAUUUGAUUUCAAUAACAGUGUAUAUACAUCAAUGUAUAUCUUAUGAUUUUAAAUCAGUAUUUAACCACAAAACGAUCUCAAAGUAAAAACAGCUAAUGCUAUAGUCUCAAACUGAUUUUGCAGUGGCUGUGCUUAAAAAAAA